AUGCCGAUCCGGAAUUUGGCCCUCUUGGGCCUCGUAGCCUUUUCAGGCCAGCUCUCUUCUGCGACAAGACUGGGUCCGCGACAGCCCUGGCGCCGUGAACUCAAUCAGACCUCGUUAUCUGCGUCAGACAUAUCCGUGACGACAGAAUCCCACCUUCCCGCCUCCUCUCUCAGCACCGCGCCCGCGCCCGACGACUUAGACACUGUCGCCCCCGGGCCGGACGACCCAUCAGGCCCCGAAUCUCCACAGGAAUCCGCGCCCCAGUCCCAAACGUCGACGACACCGCCAAAGAUCACAGCCUAUCCUCCUUCUCUUCCCUCUCCUCCUUCCCCCUUCCCCUCUUCUUCGUCGCCUUCAACCACAUCCAAGGAUGCCCCGACGAUAUCCACCGGCGCGGGCGACUCCGGAGGGGACAGCCCGUCGAAAAGUUCGGGAACAGGCGGCGACCCUGCGCCGCCUUCGUCUGACGAGGGAGACUAUUGCACGUCACUCGCAGAGGGCGAGGUUAAAACCGUGUACUCUAUAAUAUAUACCGAGACCGUCACCUGGACAGGAGACCCCGCGGACUAUACGCCACCUCACCCGACUCUUGACAUUCCGACGUAUUGUGAGUCGGACCUCGUAUCGAUGACGGGUAUGCCGCCCGCACCCACGACGACCACCCGAGACGACUCGCUAUGGCACACUGCAUGUUUGACGCAGACGGAUGGUACCAGCACCUGCUACACUGAACCUUAUUUCAACCCGUCUUUCAUCUUCAGCAGCCGGCCCAAGUCUGCCGAUGCCACCAACGUCCCAGUUACGCCCACCGCACCUAUGCUAGGGUCUCCCGAGGCUGGUCUCAAGCCGACCUCUACCUUUUGUCACCUCCAAGAAUCCCAGCGUGGUAUUCCCGCCCUCUAA